AUGACAAUGUCGAUCACUUCGUUAAUAAUUGUUCUCUGUCUCUCACACAAAUGGGUAUCCUGUUCUCAUCAUUUAAAUUUAUAUCCGGUUGUAGAAAUCGAUCCUUUACCUUUAACUCCUCAAGUUCACAUACCUAAAUUAUCGGGGAAAGAUGUUCAGUCUUAUCUUGAUCAAGCGAAAGGAGUUAUAGAACAAAGAACAGAAAUUUUCGAACCAGAUAUUCGAAAUCGGGGCGUGACACUUAGCCCAAACACGCCCGCAUGGUUCAUGUCAAUUUCUAGAACGAGUUUUCCACCGACUAAAAAUUUAUCUACUGUUGCUUUAAUAGCAGAAGAAGUUACAAAAUAUGCCACACAAACUCUGUUACGGUUUACUCAAAUCGAUAUUAGAGAAACGGAUUUGGGUCAUAAUUGUCCUAUACAAGUAGAUUAUCCGUGUCAGCCGAAAAAAUAUCGUGCUUAUUCUGGAUAUUGCAAUAACGUUCAAAGCCCACGUUGGGGAAAUUCAAAUACACGUUUUCUAAGAUAUUUGCCCUCUGAUUAUGCUGAUAACGUGAGCGUACCCAGAGGUGGUGGCAUACAAAAUAGUUCUUUACCCAGUGCUCGAGACGUAUCACUCAUUGUACACAAGGACUCCGAUUCGCCUCAUAAUCAUUUGAUGGCUAUAACAGCCGUUUGGGGAGAAUUUAUUGCCCAUGAAAUUGCACACGCACCUCAAUUCACAGGACAUAAAGGUUCACGUUUAAAAUGUUGCGCUGUAAAUUUUGAAGAUUUUCAUCCGGAAUGUUUUCCGAUAAGGCUUCCAGACGAUGAUCCGGUACAUGGAAAACUAGGUGAAAGAUGUCAAAAUUAUGCAAGAUCGGCAACGGCACCGAGAACCGGUUGCACUCUCGGACCCAGAGAACAACUUAAUCAAGUCACGUCUUUUAUCGACGGAUCUGUUAUUUAUGGAAGUUCAAAAACUGAAGCGGAUGCACUUAGAAAAUUUUCCGAUGGAAAACUCAAAACUCAAAAUAACGUGUACGGAAAUUCUCUCCUUCCUCCCGCCAUUAAUUCUGAAGAGUGUAGGCUCGCGGGAGGUCAAAAAUGUUUUAAAACAGGCGAUGUAAGAUCUAACGAACAUGUCGGUUUAUCAGCAAUGCACACAAUAUGGGUGAGAGAGCAUAAUAGGUUAGCCAAAAAACUCAAAGCAAUUAAUCCUCAUUGGGGAGACGAAAUCCUUUUUCAAGAGUCCAGAAGAAUAAUUGCUGCUGAAAUUCAACAUAUCACCUACAAUGAAUUUCUCCCCAUGAUUUUAGGUCAAGAUAUCAUCGACAAGUUCGGACUUACUCUGCAGCCAUACGGAUUUUUCACCGGCUACGACAUUAAUAUAAAUGCAGGAACUGCUAAUUCUGUCGCUGCAGCAGCCUUAAAUUUUAUAUCAUCAUUAAUGCCAAAAUCUAUAGAUGUUUACAACAGUAAAAGCAAUAAAUUAGAACCACAAAAAUUAGCAGAAACUUUUUACGCUCCAUUUUCACUUUACGAACCCAACGGAUUAGACAAAAUUGUUCAGGGUCUACUAUAUCAACGUGCACAAAAGGAAGACAAUCACAUAAAUGAAAUAAUGACAAAUCAUAUGUUUCAAGAAAGUUCUUCCGGAAGUGGAUUAGAUUUAGCCGCACAAAUUAUUCAAAUGGGUAGAGAUCAUGGUAUUCCAGGCUAUCACAAAUGGAGAGAAUUUUGUAAAUUUCCAAAAAUUUUUAAAUUUACUGAUCUUGAUGGAAUUAUGUUACCGGAAACCAUUUCUUCUUUACAACGAAUUUACAAGACUGUUUUUGAUAUCGAUCUUUUUACUGGAGCCAUAUCAGAAUUACCCUUGCCUGGUGCUGUUGUGGGUCCAACUUUAGCAUGUAUUUUGGGUCGUCAGUUUCAUUAUCUUCGUCGUGGCGAUCGUUAUUGGUACGAAAAUGAUUUGCCGCCAUCAUCUUUUAAUCAAGAACAAUUAAAUGAAAUUCGUAAAGUUUCCCUAGCUAGAAUAAUUUGUGAUAAUUCGGAUAGUAUAAGAGAAAUUCAACCGCAAGUUUUUUUAAAUGAAGAUCCAUUUUUGAAUGCAAUAAUGCCGUGUCAUCAAGGGGUUAUUAACGAAAUGAAUUUGAACCCCUGGAAAGAAAUAAGGAAAACUUUUUACAUUCCGGAUAAAGUGAUUGCGGAAGCCGUACAAAGAGCUAAAAAAGACGUUAGUAAAAUUAUGGAGCAAGAAAGAGAUUUAUUCGAACAUAAAAAAACGGCGGAUCCAUUAUCUCCAGUUGGGACUGCCUACGGUUUUAACAGACCCAAACGUCAAGCUGCCGAAAUUGCAAAUACUUCUCUUGUUCUACAACUUGUAUCCAAGCGAUUCGUUAAUAGUUUUCUUCAAGGACAACUUCAAGACGAAGAAAUGGGUUUUAAUAUUAUCGAACCCCACGAUUUACAAGAACUUAUGGAAGCGUUGCCGAACGUCGAUUUAACAGACGUACUAGAAGUGCCAAGAGUUUUUAGCUGCGACGAACAAACUUUACCAUGUGAUCAUACAAAUAAAUACAGAAGCAUAACUGGUUGGUGUAAUAACCUAAGACAUCCUGGUAGAGGAAAAUCAUUGAGAGCUUUUGCUCGAUUACUUCCACCGAAGUAUGACGACGGUGUCAGCAGUCCGAGAACGCUGUCAGUCACUGGGAAACCAUUGCCUAGUGCUCGGCUCGUGUCGACUAAAAUGCAUCCCGAUUACAGUCGUCCUCACGUUAAAUAUUCCCUUAUGUUUAUGCAGUUUGCUCAAUUGUUAGAUCACGAUUUAACUCACACUCCUGUCAAUAAGGCAUUCGUCGGAGAAGCAAUUCUUGAUUGCAGGCCCUGUGACGCAAUGAUAACGGUUCAUCCCGAAUGUUUUCCAAUUCAAAUCCCUAGCGGUGAUCCUUAUUUUCCAAGAAUAAAUACUUCUAACGGUCAAGCUUUAUGCAUUCCUGUCACCAGAUCGAUGCCGGGACAGUUAACGCUUGGCUACCGAGAACAAUUAAAUCAAGUCACAGCUUACAUCGAUGCUUCUUUUGUUUACGGAUCGGAUGUAUGUGAAAGUAAAAUAUUAAGAUCUUUUUCUGGAGGACGAAUGAAUACUACAAUUGUAAGAAGAAACUCAAAACCACUCAUGCCUCAAAUUACAACUCAUCCUGAAUGCAAGAAUCCAUCAAAAGUAUGCUUUAGAGGAGGAGAUGCAAGAGCUAGCGAACAACCAGCUCUGACAGCCAUCCACACGAUAUUUUUAAGAGAACACAACAGAUUGUCAGAAUUGUUAUUGAAACUUAAUCCUCAUUGGAAUGACGAAACCGUUUAUCAGCAAGCUAGAAGAAUUGUUUCGGCUGCAACUCAGCAUAUAACAUUCGGAGAGUUGCUUCCGAGAAUAUUCGGUUGGGAUGGAAUCCACAAAUUCGACUUAACCUUAAACUCAGAGGGAUAUUUUUCUGGGUACGAUCCGCACUGUGACGCUACAUUGGCCAAUGAAUUUGCAUCUGCCGCAUUUAGAUUUGGUCACAGUUUACUUAAACCAUCAUUGAUGAGGCUAGAUAAUAAUUACAACGUAAGAGAACCAACGGUUAGGUUGAGGGAUACUUUUUUUAAUCCCGAAGUUAUUUAUCAACAAGAUAUGAUUGAUGAAUUGCUGAGAGGAUUGGCUACGGCUCCAAUGGAAACUUUAGAUCCGUUUAUAACAAACGAAGUUACAAAUCAUCUUUUCGAAGAUAAAAGAAUGCCAUAUUCUGGCAUGGAUUUGGCGGCAAUAAACAUCCAAAGAGGGCGUGAUCAUGGUAUCCGAAGUUAUAACGAUUACCGUCAAUAUUGUAAUAUGACAAGAGUGAAAACUUUUGACGAAUUAAAAAGAGAUAUAACGCCUUCCGUGGUAGAAUCGCUAAGACGUAUUUACUCACACGUUGACGACAUUGAUCUCUUUCCCGGUGGAUUAUCGGAAACUCCUCUUAAAGGAGGAGUGGUCGGUCCAACGUUUUCUUGCAUAAUAGGAGAACAAUUUCAAAAAUUAAAAAAAUGUGAUAGAUUUUGGUACGAAAACGAUGAUUCCCUGGUGAGAUUUACAGAAGCUCAACUCAUGGAAAUAAAAAAAGUUACGCUAGCUAAAAUCAUUUGUGAUAAUUCUGAUAAAAUGACCACCAUUCAAAGACACGUCAUGGAUUUACCGGAUCCAUUUUUGAACCCAAUUGUGCCAUGCAAAAACUUACCGUCAAUGAAUCUUGAACCUUGGAAAGAAAGGAAAACUUGUGAAGUUGAUAACACAAUAAUAAAUGUAGGUUCAGCCAAAAGAAUUUCUCCAUGCAUCAUGUGUACUUGCACGAAAGAAGGGGUAAUGACAGCGGGAUCAAUUUUGCAACUAUUUUUCCCGUAUGUCAAUCUUUAA